AUGGCCUUCUUCAAUCUCUUCAUCUCUUUGUUUGUUUUCAAUGUCACCAUUCUCAUCCUUCCUAUUUAUGCGAAAAAAUCGUGCAAAUCUUCUAAUUGCAUCAAUGAUAGUCUUCAAAUAAGAUUUCCAUUCUUACUAAAAGGUCAACAAGAUGAAAAUUGUGGCUAUCCCGGUUUCAAUCUAACUUGUAAUAUCCAGGGAUUACCCGCAAUAGACCUUCCAUUCUCAGGUUCUCCUUUUAUGGGUAACUACUUCAAUAGUAAGGAAUAUUUUUUAAAAAGCUGUCCACUAGGAUUCAACUCUUCUUUGUCAUAUAUUGUCAAUUGCCUAAGCAAUUCCACAAACACUAUCAUUGUUGUUAAAGCCGAGUAUGCUAAAUCUUACAUUUUUGGAAGUUGUGUGGAAAUUACUGUAUUUUAUGUUCCAUUCCCUGGAGAAUACCGGUUUCAAAGUUACAACUACAAGUUUGAUUAUUUGCUGCUAACAUGGAAUAAACCGCGAUGUGGGUAUUGUGAAAUGGAUGGUGGCGUUUGUGGGCUUACGAGUAAUGUCGGAAGCCAAGAUGUCGAAUGCUUCUAUCCAAAACCGGUUUCUCAUGUAUUGAAGAUUCUUUUGAUGUCAUUUAGCAUUCCAGCUAUUAUAGUUUUUGUGGUGUUGGCUUGUUAUAAAUUUCAUAACAAUUCACAAAACAUUAACAAUUCGGUACAUAUAAGAUUGGAUUCAAUCACAACGCCUCCACAUUUCUCUACAACAACCGGAGGAGGUUUAGACGAUUCCACCAUUGAAUCAUAUCCCAUUGUCAUAAUCGGAGAAAGUAAUGUCAGCCCGGGACUCAACAACAAGACAUGCUCAAUUUGUUUGUCCGAGUUUCUUGCGAAAGAGACAGUCCGGUUCAUACCUAAUUGCACACAUUGUUUCCAUUCGGAUUGUAUUGAUAAAUGGCUUCGCCUCAACCAUUCAUGUCCGGUUUGUAGGACUUCACUAACCCAUGUUGAUGUCCCCUCUAUUAAUGUCUAA